GACAAGUCACGAAGUGGUGAAUAAUGCCGUCUUCAAUAUCCUUACAUUGUGUGUCAGUAGCUAUAGCGUAUGGUUUCCGCUACCGUGCGCCUUUAAAGCACACUUACUCUUUAUUCUACGCUCAUCCACUCCAACCCCUCAAAUAUCCCCUCUUCUCUUCAUCCUUCUUCACGGGAAACUCUCUCUUCUCUCGAAUGGAGCAAUUUUGGAGCGGCAGUGGCGUUAACAGAAACAAGGGAAUGAUUAAGCAGUUGCAAAGAUAUGGAGUAAUAAAGUCACAGAAAGUAACAGAAAUAAUGGAAGCUGUAGAUAGGGGUUUGUUUGUACCUGAGGGUACUCCUGCUUACGUUGAUAGCCCCAUGAGUAUAGGUUACAAUGCCACUAUCUCAGCACCUCAUAUGCAUGCUAUGUGUCUUGAAUUAUUGGAGGACAGGUUGCAGCCUGGUAUGCAUGCUCUGGAUGUCGGUUCAGGGACCGGGUAUCUCACAGCAUGUUUUGCUCUGAUGGUUGGACCACAAGGUCGAGCUGUUGGUGUAGAACAUAUACCAGAGUUGGUUGCAUGGUCGAUCAAGAAUGUUGAAAAAAGUGCAGCAGCUCCUUUGUUAAAAGAAGGGUCCCUCUCAUUGCAUGUUGGUGACGGGAGGAAGGGUUGGCCGGAGCACGCACCAUAUGAUGCUAUUCACGUUGGAGCAGCUGCAGCUGAUGUUCCACAGGAUCUCAUCGACCAGUUAAAGCCUGGGGGAAGGAUGGUGAUUCCAGUGGGUACUUUUUUCCAAGACCUCAAGGUUAUAGACAAGAAAUUGGAUGGUUCAAUAAGCGUUCGAAGUGAGACUUCUGUCCGUUAUGUUCCACUGACUAGUCGAGAAGCGCAGAUAAAGGGCACAUAAAGCUUGUUGUGUCUGGUGAUAUGGUAGUCUUGGUUCUCCACUUAUAAUAACUAGCUUUUGUUUUCUUGAUACUCCAGUUUGAUGUUUUGUACAGCUUCACCUCUUAGCCUGUAAAGAAAGAAUGAACGAUAUAAAUGGUUCUUUAUUUAAUUGCAUGUAAA